AUGGGUUUAAGUCUAUCAACAGCGCGCUGGCUAGCGCCGGCAUCGUUCCUCAUCGACUUCGCUGCACAGCAGUAUGGCAUGCUUUCGUCGCCGAACAUGAAGGACAUUCACGAUCGCAACCUAUCAUUCUUCAGCCCGCAGCCUUUCUUCAUUGCUGGAUUCUUCUUUCCACAACAGCUGUUCCAGGUUGGCUGGCUGUAUAGAUUGUGGAAGCUGGAUGAGAACAAGCCCGAGCAGCGGAGAGAACUGGAACAGAUCGUGGACUUUGUUCCCUAUUACAGUCUCGGGAAUCUGUGUAUCGCAGCAUGGAUGUUGGCAUGGAACAACGAGCGGCUGGACAUCAGCAACAUCUUUGUGACCGUCAACAGCUUGACCCAGCUAUACUACAUCAUGGCAAAGCUCCCGCCCAUGAACACGAAAUCGACAUCUUCGGUACUUACACAUAUCGUUUCGAAGACCUUCGCUGGCAUCGGCGUGCUCGAUCUGCUUCACAACACCAGCGCCGGCUUCUUCCGGAACCAGCCUGCCACUCUGCCCAUCAAAGUGUUGACAGGUGUUGGCUUUGGGGUUGCCAGUGCCUUCAGUGAUUGGAUCUUUGGUGGUUGCUUGGUGUAUGAUCUUGUAGCACUAGCUGUUGGUCAGUCUGGGAUUGCUGGGUCUGGGAGCUGGAGCACGUGGCUGUCGAUGUAUGCUGUUGGCGCUGCUGGCAUUGUCACGGCGAGGAAUGUGGCCAAGCCACCGUAUGUGAGCGAGUAUGAGAUGCUCCCGCCAGAUGAUACUGUGUAG